CCGAACGGGUCAGCUACAAAACUAUCAAACGCUUAAAAAUAACAUAAUAAUAUUUUAUUUUUAUUUUUCAAAACAUUUUCACUUUCAUUACGCGCGUCCAAUUAAAUUGUAAUCAUGUCAUUUCUAACGGUUCAUUCACUCCAAAUACUUAAAUACUUCUGUGUCAUUAUAAUAAUUGUGUGUAAUUUGAUCAAUGAUCAUACUAUUGCGGCUCAAAGUAUUCUAGAUCGUUUUCGUCCCAGUUCAAAUUUAUCUAGUGUUGGUGUCGAUGAACAAGUGAAAAUUGUUUCCGGCACAAAAGUGAAGCGUUUCGAACGUUUUACAGUGCCUUUGGGUGGAACGGUAAAUCUUUUGCAACCUCAACCGUCGUUGUAUUAUGUACGUCCACAUUUCCAAUAUUUUAAUAAUUUUAGGCCUUUAUUUGUAACAGGUUGGCCAUACUAUCCGGUACGGGUGGCACCACAAUGGCAGGCAGGAGCUAAAAUAACUGGUGAAGGUAUAGAUGGCAUGAUAACUUUCCAACAGUUACCCUACAAUAAUGACAUUAAGGUAACCCUAAAUGCCACAGGUAUACCAGCGGGUAAACAUGCUCUACACAUACACACCUAUGGCGAUCUAACAGAUGGCUGUAAAUCGACUGGAGGACAAUUUCCAAAUAAUUUUUUGGGCAAUAUCGAUGUGAAAGAAGGCGGCGAGAUAAAUGUGGCCUUUAUCAGUGUCUAUUUAACUUUGUUUGGUUAUAAUGGCAUUAUAGGACGUUCCAUUGUUAUACAUGAAAAACCCAUUGAUUUGAAUACGGCUCUAAAUGCUGAUAUAUUUUCAUCAUCUCUACAUGCUCUACCAAAUAAUCAAGCAUUUCAAAAUGAAGAAAAUUCUGUGGGCGAACCAAUAGCUUGUGGUGUUAUUAGCAUUAUGGGUGUUCCAGUUACCGAAAAAUAAAAUUUGUUUUAUAAU